UUCCUCUACAUAUCAUUUUAUUACAGAUGGCCACCAACAUUCAGUUAGCACAAGUGAUUCUUCAGCAAGACGGAUUUCGCGAUAAGGAAUGGAAAGAAGUUUCACUAUUGUCCACUGGUGCUCAACUCGGGAACUUCGUCAAGAAACGAUUAUCGAAAUAUUUUUUGGGGUUGGCGCCUUCAUUGGAGAAAUACUAUUACGAUCUUCAAAAGGAAAAAUUGGAAGAAUUUCUGGAAAAACAGAAAGGUCGCACAUUCAGUUUGGGCCACCCAUGCUUAGAGAGAAAAACAUUAACGCAAUGCGUCUAUGAGGAAAAAGUAGGAUUUGUCAGCAAAGUUGCUGCACUCGCUGGUGGGGAGACCAGUAAUGAAAGAAAAAGGAGCAUUCCAUCUAGAGAGUUGGAACAGAGUUGGAUCAAUAGAAGUACAUUUGAAAAGGAACUUAAGUUAUGGAAAAUGGACAUGGAAUCGGAUUACAUCAAGACCAUGAAAGAGGAAGGGUGUAUCCCUUGCAUUGUCAGUGAGAUAGUUGAAGCGAUGAAGCCUAACGAUGAAACUGACUGCAAGGCCAGUUUAGUUGAAAAGCAAACGCGUGAAGCCAAUCUCAAGUUGGGAAAAGAUGUUUUGCCUCUCUUUACCCAGGACGUUGUGUCAAAUCAACUUGAAGGGAAGUUAACAUAUGAAAGGAUGACUGAAGAAAAAGCUUGUGUGAGUGGACCCGUUCUUUACAAGGUUUUACCGCUUGAGGUGAAUGUAGAUGGUGGUAUCGCAGCAAAAGAAAAUUCCAAAGGAUUUAAAGAGGAAAGGCUUGCAUCUGACGGGACUGCUGGAAACUUCUCAUGCAGUCCUGCGGAUCCUACACUCCAGUCCAGCUUUGAUAAGGUUGAGAAAUGGCUUAAACUUAUAAUUAGCAACCAAGCUGUUGCUGAUGCUUUUAAGUCUGUAACGAGCGAAGACAUACAUAAUCUAUGUUGCGAU